UGAUUUUGCUACAGACUCUCAGGAGAGCCUGGGAGUUGAAUUCCCGAAGACCCUCAUCUCUAUGAAAGCCAAUCCAAGCCGCCAAGCCAUCACCAUGUCCACCUCGCUGCGAGUCAGCCCGUCCAUCCACGGCUACCACUUCGACACAGCCUCGCGUAAGAAAGCUGUGGGCAACAUCUUUGAAAACAUCGACCAGGAAUCACUACAGAGGCUCUUCAAAAACUCUGGGGACAAGAAAGCAGAGGAGAGAGCUAAGAUCAUUUUUGCCAUAGAUCAAGAUUUGGAGGAGAAAACACGGGCCCUGAUGGCCCUGAAGAAGAGGACGAAAGACAAGCUUUUCCAGUUUCUGAAACUGCGGAAAUAUUCCAUCAAAGUUCACUGAGGACAGGAGACUGGAUAAGGACGUAAUCCAAGAAUGGACAUGUAGAGACCAAGGGAGUUUGUGAGACCCGAACAUGCAGCACUGUGUUGCUCCUUGCAAGCUUCUCCUCCACCAGGAGUCCGGAGGCUGGAGAGGAACAGAGCACACUGGCGACAAAGACUGCAACCCAUUCCAGGCCUGUGCUGUGACAGCGGAGAACAAAAUGCUUUCAGCAAGAAUUUGAAACUCUCCCGGCGGGAAAGGACUGAUUCUGGUGUCAGGAGAAGAGUCUGGACGGAUAUAAUGAGAACUGAAACCAAAGAAACAGAUACCUGAGGAAGAAUUGCCGCCAGGGUCUCUUUGUCAGGCCCUAGGACUUAAA